AUGAAUACCCAUAAAUCUUGGCUCUUCAUCAUUGGUGACUUGGGUACAAACUUCUGCACCCCAGUUAGGUACAGUCUGUUAGAAUCAAAAAUCUAUUAUAAAAAAAAAGAAAUCGAUAUGCUUCUCAAGGAUUCUACUGUUAAAGUCCGAAGUUCUUCCAAUCACCCCAAAACGCCAUUACCCACAAAAAUACGUUUUCCGUUAAAAAAUGUAUGCAUACCGAGUGAAGGUAAAACAUACUUUAGUUUGAGUAACAUCUUUCUACGAUUCCGUGUCGACGCUGCGCUGUACAAUGUAGAGUUUUCUACUCUGGAGAACGAAACCAGGUCCGACAAAGAUGUCGAUUCAACCAAUUAUUUCUACCUGAACCACACCCAAACAAAGGAUCAACCAGAAAAUUAUCCUCUCGUACAAGAGUGGAAGGAGCACAUAAACAAUUACACAGCCGCAAAGGGUAACGACAAGGUGCGGUUCAUCUGCACAGAAGGAUACUCUGACAUUGAGUACGUUAUGAAAUGGUACGACUACGAUGUUGACAUCCCAUUCAACUUUUGGUUCAUCAAAGACGGAGAUAUCUCCAAGGACGCUGUUAUAGAUACAGCGGAGGACAUCUACAACAUAUUCAUCAAUUGGCUCGACAAUAUGCUUUCGGGUAAAACAGCUAAUUGGGUGGUAAGAAAUCAUGAUACGCUAUCCUCACCGAAGUUGGUUUCCAUGGUGAACUUGAGAUAA